AUGCGGCAUCCUCCAGAACAAAGUAACCACCGCCGUCUCCCAUCACUUACCUUGCAGAAGGAGGCCAAAGCCAAGGUGCUUCAGCCUUCCGCGUUGGAUCUCGCGGAUCCCGAUAAGGCGCACCUUUUGUCGUGGGUGCGAACGCCCACGAAAGGGAAUGAUAAUAUGUGGCAAGAAAACUAUCCUGGUCUUGUUGUUCUAUCAAGAGACUCGGCCAAUGUGAGCGACAUGACCCUACAAGUGGGUGACCAAAAGGCAAAUGGAAAUUUCCUCUCCUCUCCGCUCUCCACGCAAAGAAAAGGACAAAAUUGCAUCUCAUUUGAAAGCGACGAGACAGGCCAGUUACCGGACUCUGAGAAAGUUGGACAUGGGAAACCCGUUCUGCCUUACAGUUCCAUGUUCAUCUUCGCCCCUACCAAUGGGUGA